AUGCCGAGCGAUAAAACAAUUGGUUAUGGAGAUGAUUCUUUCAACACGUUUUUCAGCGAAACUGGAACAGGAAAACAUGUUCCUCGAGCGCUUUUUGUCGAUCUAGAGCCCUCUGUCAUAGGUAGGCUUUACGUGUUUAUAAAGUACAUCUUAUAUGUAUGAUUUUGCAAGCCAGAUUUCAUCACGCCACUUUGCAUGCCUUAAUCAUUUAUACUGUUUGCUUUACAUUUCAACUUGGUAUACUUGAAACAAAAAGAAUUUCGAAACUACUAAUCAGCUUCCCAAAUGCAGUUCUUUUCAGUUUUGGUUUGGAACAAAAAUUAACGCAAGUUUUUAUGCGUGUGCGUGGAUUCGUAAAGGGAUACUUUAAGGCCACGUGACCUCUGCGUUUAAAUAUGCUAGUUUAAACUAAUUUUUAAGUGUAAAAAUUUAUAUUGUACUUCUUUUUAAAGUAGUUAUUAUAAUCACGCUGUCAUUGCCCUCCCAUGAGAUAACGCAUUUGUUACCUGCAAAAAAUGCUUGUCACCUUUAAAAUUCAUUGCGUAGUAAUUUUUUUUUCAAUUCUCUAUCUAAUAUAUCUUCGCCUGAGUAUUUCACCCAGUGGAGGAAAAAAAAAAAGGCGAAAAUUCAUUUGAAUUUUAUAUUUAUGGAUGAGCAACUGACAAUUGAGGUUGAUUCGUUGUUACUGUCAUAUACUAUUUAGGAUCAGUGCCCACAGGGCCCUUUUACCGAAAAGACUUUGUUUGUGCAAACGGAAGAUCGUUCUUUUGAUUUGCAUCUAUACUACCGGUUCAUUCGGUUCCAAAAACAUUUUUGACAGCUGGUUAUAUUCAUCUGCUGUGAUGCUUUUUUCGAUAUAUCCUUGGUAACAGUAGUUUUGCUAAAAUAUUUUAUGCUAAAAAGUAGCUCAUGUUAAAAGGUUGCCUUAUAAUUACUUGCGACACUUUCUCCAAACGGAACGAAUUCAAUUUGCAAGUUGCUGUCACCACUGCUCUUGGCGGAAUACCAGCUAGCUUCUCCCGAAAACUCCCUAAAAUAAAAUGAUGUUAGGGCUCUCCAUUCUUUAUUAGAAAUAUCCAAUUUUGUAAUUGGUGAUAAUACCCUGCGAGAAGAGGCUACUAUUUCGCGCUAAUCACCGGUGGCGAAGAAAACAAAAGCCUCUGCCGACAAUCGUCUCAUUUUCUAGAUCUUGCGUGCGUGAAUUUCGUCAAGCACUCGAUCGCGAUCAAAUGGCGUUUUUUGUGGCUAAGACCGACGUAUCUUUAACUGUUUGAAACACAACUUGUCGCAGUAUAUUAGACGAAAAUGGUUUUAAGUUCUAUUUCGUGGAUGAAAAACAACAGGAUUUAAAAAAAGCCACAAAACCUUUUUUGCCGACCACACUGAUAGACGGCAUAAUAUCCAAUCCGACCUACAGUUAUAAUUAACGAGUUAUCUUAAAUUUAUUCGUCCAUAUUUUAAGGUAAGAAUGGACAGUUGGCAGCAGAAGUUACUUUUCUCACGUAAUUGCCCAGGACGAAAAAGUAACCUCUGCUCGCAGGGUAUUUUAUAUUAAAUUUAAAGAAAUAAUCAUUACAAACUCAAAAAAGGUUGUUGUCUGACUGCUGCCUGUCCGACCUCGUCCCGAUAAUUUUUCAAUAUAUUAAGCAAUGAUAAUAUACAUUUAUGUUGAACCCACUCCAGUGUCUCUCUUGUACACGUCUAGCGUAAGGAAACAGCCGACAUUUCGCGUGGCCACCACUGGUUUCACGGCGAAAUGACUUUUGAAGGGAGAGCGGAGAAGUUUCAUACUAGGGGGUAGUGCUUCUGAUUAGACGCGUCGCGAGGGUGAUUUGCUUCAACCAAUCAGAACCACUACUCAGAUCAGGGUAGUGACGCGUCAUCAGUAUGGAAUUUCAUUUCUGCGCUCGUUUCUCAGACGUUAUUUCACAGGGGAACCAGUCAUGAAAUGCCGGCUGUUUUCUCCGCCCGUCCUUCUAGUUGUUCCACCGCAUAACUACAUAUAUAAACAUGGACUAUAAAGAUUUGCGAGGUUUUCUAACUUUCUCUUACGAUUUUAUUAGAUGAGAUCCGUUCAGGGACUUAUCGCCAAUUAUUUCACCCUGAUCAACUUCUAACUGGUAAAGAAGAUGCUGCUAACAACUAUGCUCGCGGGCACUACACUGUUGGAAAAGAACAAAUUGAUUCAGUGAUGGAUAAAACUAGAAAGAUGGUAAUAUUAAUUUAAGUUGCUUAUAUAUCAAAAUACGCUAAAUUUUGUAAGCCAGGAAAGUGAAGGGCGACUCGGAUUAAUAAACUGGGCAUUUUGUUCGGGUGACUACCUGCUGUCCUACGACGAAGCUAAUGUGCGGACUUCUAGCACCCGCUCUUUUCAUAAGUCAUUAGAGUAAGUAGAGUCUUCUUCACGGUAAAUACGUUAUUUUUGACAUUUUGGCUUGUCAAUUGGGAAAUGCCUUGCCUUUUUAAAUUGGUUAAUUUAACACCCAGGGGGGUACUAUGAAUUUUCAGGUGACAGGGAUGUUCGAAUGGGUGCAAAAAUCAAUACCUAAAAAAUUCCCACACCAAAUUUCCGAGUCUUAUUAUCUGGUUUUAUAAGUGACAGAUGCAAUGAAAGGCGUUAAAUGUUAAAACAGCCACAAAACAACGUUUAUGGCCGGGAAAUUCGAGUACUACCAUGAAUCUUAAGAUUGUUUUAAACCAGGAGUUCCUGUUUGAACCCCAAAAUCUCCCUACUUAAAUCAAACCACCCAAAAAAAUACCUGUCAAAUUUUCCAACCCAAGAAAAUCAUCCGGGAAUCGAAAAUUUCAAACCCGAAAAAAACCUUCGAUCAUCCCCGUUAUCGUGAAAUCUGGAGUACCGCCCCUGGGAUUUAAAAAUGCCAGGAAGGGUAUGUUGAGGACGGAGGAAGAGAGGGCAUCCCUUUUCACGCCCUUUUCUACAUGUAAUUAGUCUUGAAAUAUUUUCCCCCUUUAUCCUUUCUUGGUUCAAAUUUAUGAUCAUUAUUAUGAUGUUUAUAUGUCCCAAGGUGGGUUGUAAAAGAUCCCUAAAAAGUGACAUUGACAGAAUCAAGAUUCGGCGGUUGGGACACGGCAUUACAUUGCAAAGAAAUAUUCUUCAACGCCAAUAAAAUGAGGUUACGAAUAACAGCAAACGUCAUCAUUUUGGAUGGGUUCCGAAAGCUCUGUCUAACUUUUAAGAAUUUGUAAUCUGUACCCAGAUCUCGCUCUGUUUUACACUGAAAAGUGGCCGUGGUAGAUCUGGGUAUGAGAUUAAAGAAUUUGUUGAUGCCGUUCGGGAAAGAGUAUUUCUUUGCAAAUUUGAUAUUAGUUGAAACCAACUAACAUUCCGGCUAACCAACUCACCAUCGAUUUUGUGAUAGGCAGUGAAUAGGGUACCGGCGUUGUGAACAGAAACAAAGCAAUUCAAAGAGGACAAACGUCAAGUUGUUGUUGCUCGAAAUAUCUAAAAGUCGUAACUGCUCAUCAAUAGGAUGCCUAAAAUGUAUGCAAUUCCACAAUUGGUUUCAGUUCCAACGACAGCGUCUUUAAGUGCCCAGCCUCGUUACGUGGUCCUCUAGCUUUAAAAAAUGCGGAAAGACCUCGAUCGUCCCUCUUUUACCUUUCCAGUUAUAGGCCGCUCUGCACAUGCAGUUCGCUAUAAUCGUACUUAUCGCUCUACAAUUGCCAUGAGUUCUCUAUACAGCUGAAAACGAUUACUGUGCGCGUUUGCUCAUUUGAUGUCGUUUCUCCAACGUUUUUAGGCAGAUCAAUGCAGCGGUCUGCAAGGUUUCCUGAUCUUCCAUUCCUUUGGGGGAGGUACAGGGUCCGGUUUUACCUCUCUACUCAUGGAGCGUCUCUCAGUAGACUAUGGCAAGAAAUCAAAGUUGCAGUUUGCUAUCUACCCGGCGCCCCAGGUCUCUACGGCCGUUGUGGAGCCGUAUAACUCUAUCUUAACGACGCACACCACCCUGGAGCAUUCCGACUGUGCCUUUAUGGUCGAUAACGAGGCUAUUUACGACCUGUGCCGUCGGAACCUCGAUAUCGAUCGACCGUCGUACACCAAUCUGAACCGUCUGAUUGGUCAGAUUGUGUCGUCCAUCACUGCCUCGCUUAGGUUUGAUGGUGCACUGAAUGUGGAUCUGACUGAAUUUCAGGUUAGUUGCUAUUUUCAUUAUUACUAGAAAUACGUGAAUCGCAGAGCCUCGCGAAGCAAAGGCUAAGUAGCCUGCGUAGCAAGCGUUUCCGUGUGGUUUCGGAGCAAAGAAAGACCGAUGAACUACGAUUUUAGGUUUUGGCCUCGCGAAAAAUGAAACGGGAGCUUUGACUCUCGUUACUUGUUCUUUGCGCGGAGUUGGGUUGCAGUAACUUGCUUCAACUUAAUGCGCUCCUUGUUUUUUAUUCCCGCUUAUCGCCGGCCAUGUUCAAAUAUCUGAAAUAUUGCUCCAAUUCUUUCUCGAGUCUUAGGACAAAGUUUAAGGUGUGGACAUUCAAAUACAAGUCCCCAUAUCGGAAACACUUUUUAGUUGAUACUGCUUUCUUUUUUCAUAAUUAAAGAAAUGAAGUUAUUCCUAACCUGCGAUCAGAAAAAAAAACGGCUGAUCGCAGGUUAAGUUUUUCCUUGAUAUCUUUAAUUUUAGGCUUAUUAGAAAAAUGUAAAAGAAAUUGUAUUAACCCAUGAAACACUUAUAAGGAACUCCGAAGAACUGGUUCAAAAUUUUUUCAUCUACGCAUGCCUUCCAGGUCGAAUUAAAAUCUGGGAGGGUUGUCUUUUUUGGGAGAAGCGAAAACAGGAAAACCCGGAAAAAAUUUUCUCCGGCUUUGAAGGGACGAGAACCAACCGUCAGCAAACUUAUGUCAUAGACGCCGAAAGUAAAUUGAACAAACAACAACUAAGGCUCUUGGCUUACCUUACUUUUCAGACCAAUUUGGUGCCAUACCCCCGUAUACACUUUCCGUUGGCCACUUACGCUCCAGUUAUCUCGGCCGAGAAAGCCUACCACGAACAGUUGAGUGUCGCUGAGAUCACAGCUGCGUGCUUUGAACCUGCUAACCAGAUGGUGAAGUGCGACCCUCGUCAUGGAAAAUACAUGGCCUGCUGCCUGCUGUUUCGUGGGGACGUGGUGCCGAAGGACGUUAAUGCAGCUAUUGCGAGUAUUAAGACCAAAAGAACUAUUCAGUUUGUGGAUUGGUGUCCGACAGGAUUCAAGGUACAUAACUUUAAUCAGUUCCUAGUGAUCAGUAGACUUUCCUACGCGUCCCCGCGCGGACUUCGCGCUCUUGGCUUGCAACGGAAAAAGCCCUGGGAACGAGGUUGCGAACUUGGCUUUGGUAGCUCGUCAUGGUUUUAAGUCUGACUGACCAGUUAUUGGUCAACUUUUGGUGUACUCCACAGAAUCAACCCAACAAAGUAUGAACGAAUAGUGAAACAAACGAAUUAAUUGCAGUGAAUCAAACCACAGGACAGUUAAGUGUUAACUGUUAAGGACACGUUACAAAUGAGAAGAAAACUGGGGCCGAAAUGCGUCCCGCAAUUGUUUCUGGGAUCGUUACUGGGAACACGCCGGUCAACUAUUGGCCAAUGUAACAGUAACAGCCCCAGAAGUCUUCGCGAGAGUUAACUCGCCCCAGUUUCCUUCUCGUUCUCAAUAAGCCCGAAUAAAAUACCCAGUAUAACUCAGACUUUUCCUUAAAACUAGGUCGGAAUCAAUUACCAGCCUCCCACGGUCGUUCCUGGAGGCGACCUCGCUAAGGUGCAACGCGCAGUGUGUAUGUUGAGCAACACCACCGCUAUAGCAGAGGCCUGGGCACGACUGGAUCACAAAUUUGAUCUGAUGUAUGCCAAGCGUGCUUUUGUCCACUGGUACGUGGGAGAGGGGAUGGAGGAGGGAGAGUUCUCUGAGGCACGAGAAGAUCUAGCAGCUCUGGAGAAGGAUUAUGAAGAAGUUGGCGUAGAUACAGCGGAGGGGGAGGAAGAGGACGUUCAAGAGUAUUGAGGCACCGGUUUAUUAGAUUCAGGCUCGAUAAAUUUAAAUUAAACAAGGUUCGUUUUCUUGGCUUGUCUAAAAGAAUAGCGUUAAAUCAAUGUAAGAGAAAUUAAAAUUGUAGGGAAAAGUUUCAGGAGUUUGUUGAUUUGUUACAAAUUAAAUGUAUCUUGGACUUGCACUAGAGCAAAAUAAAGGCUUUGUUGUUGGAAGGCAAAACGUCCUUCAUUGAAAUUGAAAGUUUUGAUCGUGAAGUCAUAUAUAUAUUUUUGUCACGGCCUCUACAGAAACUCGCUAAUACUGCGAAAGCGUUACUCAGGGGCACCCAACG